UGCAUAAAUAAAUUAAUAAAGGAAGAAAAAGCAAAAUACGGGAGAAAUAAUGAUAAUAAUAAUAAUAAAAAGAAGAUUCCUUGUUUGGGAAUUGAGAGUACUAGAUGAUAGGAAGAAGAGUUGAGUUUGAAGUUUUCUCAAAGGGUAGAAAGAAGCAGCAGCAGCAGCGGCUGCGAGUAAUCUAAUAAUCUUUCUAUCUGUUGUUUGUAUUUUGUUUACGGACGCGGACGCGGACGCGGACGCGGACGCAGACGCAGACGGAGCAGAGUAUAUAUUAUUAUUGAUCACUCCCGGAGUGUUUGAGCGUGCGAUUGCCAUUGCAAUGAUGGCGGCGUCGGCGUGUCUAACAGGAAGCGUACCUCGAGUGUGUUGUUAUACUAGUUGUAAUAAUACAGGAGGAGGAGGAGGAGGAGGAGGAGGAAGCGGCGUAGUAGGAGUUAGUAGAGGAGACCACCAAGGUUAUUAUUCAAGAAGUCGAUCAAAUCUCAUAAUUCCGCCGCCUCGCCCUUCUCCCAGUUGCCCUCCUCCCCCUUUCACCCGAUUCGCUACCACCAGGGCCAGGGCCAGGGCCAGGGCCUGCGCCAGGACCAGGCCACUUCCUUCAUCCCUACCUUCUCCACCGAGGUGGUCAGGAAUUGAUGGAUCGGCAUCUUGUAGGAACAAGUGCAAUACCUGGAAAGGGUAUACUUCAAAGUUUGAUCAACUGUCAACUCAAGAAACUUUGUCAGAGCAGCAUAAAUGCUUCUCUUGCAUAUGUUAUCGCCCCAAAAGACAGACUACUGGUGGUAUCAACAGAUUUACAUCAAGAGUCUUUCCAGACAAGUCUUCCUUUCAUUUGUCCCGGCAUACACUUGACGAUGUCUUUGUAAAGCAAGUUCAUGUUCCACAGGCAGCUAUUGGACCAGAUGAGCCACAUGCAGCAAGUACAACCAGGCCAGGUGGUAUUUUAGAGAAACAAAGUUUGGAUUCAUUGGAUCUUGAAUUAGAAAGAACAGAACUAGAGAGGUUUCUAAGCUCCGAACUUCCUUCUCAUCCGAAGUUAUAUAGAGGACAGUUAAGGAAUGGACUUCGCUAUCUUAUUUUACCGAAUAAGGUUCCACCAAACAGGUUUGAAGCACACAUGGAGCUUCAUGUGGGAUCUAUUGAUGAAGAAGAUGAUGAGCAAGGCAUUGCACAUAUGAUUGAACAUGUUGCUUUCCUUGGAAGUAAGAAGCGUGAGAAACUUCUUGGGACAGGAGCCCGUUCAAAUGCUUACACGGAUUUUCAUCAUACUGUGUUUCACAUCCAUUCACCAACUUGUACAAAGGACUCGGACGGGGAUCUACUUCCAUCUGUUCUUGAUGCUUUGAAUGAGAUAGCUUUUUACCCAAAAUUCCUUGCUUCUCGAGUUGAGAAAGAGAGAAGAGCGAUAUUAUCAGAACUACAAAUGAUGAAUUCAAUAGAGUACCGUGUCGAUUGCCAGUUGUUGCAACAUCUGCAUUCUGAAAACAAGCUGAGUAAGAGAUUCCCAAUUGGGUUGGAAGAGCAAAUCAAGAAGUGGGAUGUAGACAAAAUCAGGAAAUUCCAUGAGCGUUGGUACUUUCCAGCAAACGCUACCUUAUAUAUUGUGGGUGACAUUGAUAACAUUUCAAAGACAGUUUACCAUAUUGAAUCUGUUUUUGAGCGAACUGGCGUGGAAAAUGAGACGGCAGCAGCACCUACUACACCUAGUGCAUUUGGUGCAAUGGCUAGUUUCCUUGUUCCUAAGCUUGCAGUAGGGCUGGCUGGAAAUAUAUCUCAUGACAGGCCAGCUGUUUCUAUCGAACAGCCAAAAAAUUUUAAAAAGGAAAGGCAUGCAGUUCGUCCUCCUGUUAAGCAUAAUUGGUCAAUCCCUGGAAACAAUGAGCAUGCAAAGCCUCCACAGAUAUUUCAGCAUGAGUUGCUCCAAAAUUUCUCCAUUAAUAUGUUUUGCAAGAUACCUGUUAGUAAGGUCCGAACAUAUGGUGACUUGUGCAAUGUUCUGAUGAAGAGAAUAUUUCUUUCUGCUCUGCAUUUUCGAAUAAAUACCAGAUACAAGAGUUCAAAUCCUCCAUUCACCUCAAUUGAAUUGGAUCAUAGUGAUUCUGGAAGGGAAGGCUGCACUGUAACUACUCUUACAGUAAAUGCUGAACCAAAUAAUUGGCAAAGUGCAAUCAAAGUUGCUGUUCAGGAGGUUCGAAGGCUUAAAGAGUUUGGAGUCACAAAAGGUGAAUUAGCUCGUUAUAUGGAUGCACUAUUAAAAGAUAGUGAGCAGUUGGCAGCGAUGAUUGAUAAUGUAUCGUCAGUGGAUAAUUUGGAUUUCAUCAUGGAGAGUGAUGCCCUUGGUCAUACAGUGAUGGAUCAAAGACAAGGACAUGAGAGCUUGGUUGCUGUUGCUGGAACAGUUACACUUGAAGAAGUUAAUUCUAUUGGUGCCAAGGUGUUAGAAUUCGUCUCCGAUUUUGGAAAACCAUCUGCACCCGUUCCUGCAGCAAUUGUUGCAUGUGUUCCCAAGAAAGUUCAUGUUGAUGGAAUAGGUGAAACUGAGUUUGGGAUAACGCCUAGUGAAAUCACUACUGCCCUAAGAGCCGGGUUGGAGGAACCGAUAGAGCCUGAGCCUGAGCUUGAGGUGCCAAAAGAAUUAAUAUCUUCAUCACAGCUGCAGGAAUUACGGUUCCAGCGUUUGCCAUCUUUUAUUUCUGUAAGCCCAGAAGCAAAUGUCACUAAAAUUUAUGACAGGGAAACAGGGAUCACUCAGCGGCGUCUUUCAAAUGGAAUUCCUGUAAAUUACAAGGUCUCAAGAAAUGAGGCCAGGGGAGGUGUAAUGCGACUUAUAGUUGGUGGUGGCCGAGCAGCUGAAAUGUCUAAUUCAAGGGGUGCUGUUGUUUUGGGUGUUCGAACUCUAAGUGAGGGCGGUCGUGUUGGUAACUUUUCAAGGGAGCAGGUCGAGCUUUUUUGUGUGAAUCACCUCAUAAAUUGCUCGUUGGAAUCUACUGAAGAAUUUAUUUGUAUGGAGUUCCGUUUUACUUUAAGAGACAAUGGGAUGCGUGCAGCCUUCCAGUUACUUCAUAUGGUACUUGAGCAUAGUGUCUGGCUUGAUGAUGCAUUUGAUCGAGCAAGACAGUUAUAUUUGUCAUAUUAUCGCUCCAUUCCUAAAAGCUUAGAACGCUCAACCGCUCACAAGCUCAUGCUGGCAAUGUUGAAUGGAGAUGAGCGUUUUGUAGAGCCCACACCACAAUCCUUAGAGAACUUAACAUUGGAAUCGGUAAGAGAUGCAGUGAUGAAUCAAUUUGUUGGUGAUAACAUGGAGGUAAGCAUUGUUGGAGACUUCUCAGAGGAGGAUAUUGAGUCCUGUAUUCUUGAUUACCUGGGCACAGUGAGAGCAACACGAGGUUUUGAGACAACUCGUGAAUUUAGCCCAAUCAUAUUCCGACCAUUUCCAUCUGAUCUGCAGUUUCAACAAGUUUUCCUGAAGGACACUGAUGAAAGAGCAUGCGCAUAUAUUGCAGGCCCUGCUCCAAACCGUUGGGGUUUUACUGCCGGAGGGGAAGACCUUUUUGACUCUAUUCGGAAUAUGCCAGUUGAUUGUGAGGAACAAUCAAAAUCUGAGGAAUCACCUGUGGAUAGAAAGGAUGCACACAACAACCUGCAAGGAAGAUUUUGCUGUCAUCCGCUAUUCUUUGCCAUUACAAUGGGCCUGUUGGCUGAGAUAAUAAAUUCAAGGCUUUUUACAACAGUCAGAGAUUCUCUUGGGUUGACAUAUGAUGUAUCAUUUGAAUUAAACCUGUUUGAUCGGCUAAAGCUUGGGUGGUAUGUCAUCUCAGUAACAUCAACACCGGGCAAGGUGUAUAAAGCUGUUGAUGCUUGCAAGAAUGUUCUUAGAGGUUUACACAGCAAUAAGAUUGCACAAAGGGAGUUGGACCGGGCAAAACGGACCCUGCUGAUGAGACAUGAGGCUGAAACCAAGUCUAACGCAUAUUGGCUAGGAUUGUUAGCUCACCUGCAAGCUGCUUCUGUUCCAAGGAAGGGCAUAUCAUGCAUUAAAGAUCUUACCUUGCUAUAUGAAGCUGCCACUGUUACAGACAUUUACCUUGCAUAUGAACAGUUGAAGAUAGAUGAGAGUUCCUUGUAUUCUUGCAUUGGGAUUGCUGGGGCUCAGUCUGGAGAAGAAAUUUCUGCUUACUUAGAAGAAGAACAAUCAGUUGAUGGCAUUCACGGCGUUAUUCCUUUGGGGCGUGGUUUAUCAACAAUGACACGGCCAACUACAUAAAUUUCCUGUUUUGCAUUUUUAGUUUUGAGCUGAAAGCAAAAACGACACCAUUAUGAGGUUGGUCUUUAGUUUCGAAUUCUUGCUGCUUUUGACUUGAGUUCUUGUUGAAGAGAGGCUGCCCUGCAGAUAAACAUGGUGCAUCCAAAAGAAAAUUAGUCGGGUGUUGUUGUGUAAUACAGAUUCUGUUAGGAUGUGGAAAACUGACACGAUCUUGGGCUGCAAAGUCAAGUGUUUGUUACUCUAUUUAUUAUUUAGCAGGUAGUAGGCCUGGGCUGUCUGUGCCUACGGUCCAUCAAGCAGAAGAAGCUUCAACAGAAGUAGAAGGGCAUGUCUUCUUCCAUAUCAAUGCAAGUUUGGUAUUGUGUCAAGAAACUUGCCAUAAUUACUUGCCCCAACAGAUAAACAACAAGAGAUGAUAUAUGCUCUAAGCAUUUCUUGUCAUGUAGGGACUGGCUGGUUGGCUUCAAGUUACUGAUUGGCCAGCAGUUCUUAAUAUUGCUGUUGUGAAGGGUGCAAUGGCUAUGUUAUUGUGUUGUAAUGAUUAGUUGUCAUUGCUAAGCCUACCAAAGUGUAUACCACUUAUUUGUGGAAUUUUUAUUAGUCCAAACAGCUAAUUUGCCUAUAUUGGUGGCUUAUUUUAUAGGGACCGUACUGACUAUUCCUUUAAUUAUGAUGCGAGUAUUUCUUGCUUGUUGGUUUAAUAAAUAAAUAAAAGCCAUAUUUUAUUA